UUCUCACCUGUGAAAUUAUUCUACAAACAUAAAGAAAUAAUGACUUUGAACAAAUGAACCUCGCUUUUUUCUGGUUCUUAAUUCAAAUAUGUUCUCAUACACUCAGAAUGAAGAGCUGGGAAAUCAAGUUCAUUCUCUUUCGUAUCAUUUGAGUUUGCCAAGAACGUCCUCGGAGAUGUUUUCUAUGGACAACUUGCUUCAGUUUAAUGAUUCUGUUCCUUGUAAAAUCAGAGCAAAGAGCGGCUUUGCUACUCAUCCUCGAAGCAUUGCCGAAAGGGUGAGAAGAACUAGGAUCAGUGAACGAAUAAGAAAAUUGCAAGAGCUUGUUCCAAAUAUGGAGAAGCAAACCAGCACAACAGAGAUGUUGGAUUUGGCUGUAGACCACAUAAAAAAUCUUCAGAAUCAAUUCAAGAAUCUGAGCGAAAGACGAGCUAAAUGCAAAUGUAUAAACAUGCAGAAACCAGAAACAGAUAAAAUUGCUUGAGUUUCUUUUGUACAUGUGAUGCAAGGAGCUAUGCAAACAUGGAUGGUGGAUAGGACCCGGGCUCAGGAUUUCAGGCAGCAGGGAACCAAGAUUAGGAGAAAGAUGUGGUUCCAGAACAUGAAGAUAAAGCUAAUCGUUCUGGGUUGCAUCGCUCAAAGAUAAGAUUAACCGCAUGUACAGNGGGGAACAUGCGAGUCAUUUUCCUCAAAUUCAACAGUGUCGCAGUCCACAACCAUAAACACAGUCAUGCUCCUUUCAGCUUUUAUCUCCUCUCUUUUUUCCCUUUCUUUCUUUCACUAUUUGGAGCAUUACCAAUUCUACAUUUUUUUCUUUACCAGCCUAUUUAAAACAGUAGUUAUUUAGAUUUUAGCAGUUUAGAAUCUUAUGUUCUUCUUGUUUCCUCUAUUGCAAUUUUACUUUUCUUCUUUUUGUUUCAUACUCUGUUCUUCUAAAUUAUAUAUCAAAUAGAAAUAAAUAAGGAUAUAAGUAAAAAAAUAUGUGUCAAUGUUCUCAACUCGAAGGUAACUGAUAUGCAAAUUUCGACAGCACUGAACUUGUAGAAAUAGCUUCUUUUUUAUAAUUUUGUGGAUAUUGAUUUAACUGAU